AAACUGAACCCAUUUUGGAAAGUGCGGGGAAAUGCAACCCAUCACCACAGCAUCCCCAUCCUGAGGGCGACUCGCCCACGAAGGACUACUGAUCAAACGCGUCGGGCGUCGGAUCGCUUGCGCAGCUUUAUCUAUCAAGACAUGGACAGCCUCCCGGAAGAGUGCCUUGUACACUUGCUCUCGUUUGUUGCACUAGACCCCCAGUCUCUACGUGCCCUUCAGCGCACCAACAAGACCUUCUUCCGUCUGUCGUCUCCAAUCCUAUACCAAAACCCCUUUGACUACAUCGAAGCUCUCGAAAGCGUGUUCGAUCGACAAAUCCGCAAGGCGGGGGUCCUCCGACUCCUCCUCGCCUGCUCGUCAGCUGCUGACAGCACAUUGCAGGAUAUACUCUCCCAAGGAUCAUCCAGAGUCUCGACCCCUCCAAAGCCCACAAUCGACUACCUCUCCCUCUAUACGUCCCAUUCUGAAAAACUGCUUUCCAAAACCAUACCCUGGAUUCUUCCCCGGCACCAUGGCAUUCAGAACACAGUGUCAUCUAGUCAGCAGUCGACUGUAGCAACCGGAACAGACGAUACUACUUCAAAACGAGAUGCAGAAUCUUUUUCGGGGCAAGCCAAGCAGCUUCGUCGGCCACUUGACCUUCUACAGCUACAUGCCAAGGUCCACUUGGCGCUGGUUGGCCAUUCACCUCAGCAUAUCCACACAAUCAACUUUCCGGUCCACAACAUGUCUGUCCUUCAGCCACUGGUCAGUCAGCUCCCUAGUCUCGUCCGACUGGAACUGAUCAGAAGACACAAUCGAGAAGGUGUCUCUGGCGCCCGUCAAUUUAUCGUCUCACAUCGGCAGCACUUUUCUUCGCUCCGAGAGAUCAAGAUCACCAUGAGCCAGACAUCGGAAUCUAUUGAUCUAUCGUGCUUGGUUCAAGCCAUGGAGGAGCCACGCGUGGUGGAUGUCGCGGGUUGGACCAGUGCAGACCAACGCCUCUCCCAGUUUCCGCUCCAGCGAUGUCAGGUGCUUCUCAUGCGACUCACUACGCCUCCCUCCACCGCAGUGUUGGAGCCAGCCUUCCUUGCCGGACUUUCGCAGCUCCAAACCGUCCGGAUGCCCGUCUUUCACGGGGGCAUGUUCUCAUGGGCCAAGCCGGGUUCGCUUCAGCACUCCGUCCGCAGUGACCUCAAGUCCGUUAGUCUCUACGGUAUCGACAAGGUCAUGGUGCCCGCCCUCACGGAUGCAUGCGACGCGUUCCGUACGACUCUUCAAGAAAUCACUGCCCUAUCUAGUUUUGGUCCAUUCACGACGCUAUUCCUAACCUGGAACUGGUCCCUUCCCCGACUUACUCGCCUUGAUUUGGAGGGAACCGUUGCGGUUUCUUUUGAUUUGGAGUCGCUGGCACACUGCGGUGCUCUUCAAGAGCUGCGUCUGAAUAUCGGAAGGCAAAUACCGGCCGACUGGGAUGUGGAGCUGAAAGUAGGGCAACUGGCUCGCGUUUCACCGAACCUUCGCCAAUUGGAACUGUCUGGAUGGUGGGGCCUGCUGGACGCGGCUUUGAAGGGACCGCUUCUGGUGGUACUGAAGAGAUUACGCAGACUGAAUUUGAUGUGGUGUACGGGGCCGUCAGUCGCAUGCUUCAUACAGAUUAUGCCUCAGCUGUCGGCCCUGAGGUGGUUUGGACUGAGCGCUACGGCGGCGGAGCAAGACAGCAUUCUGGCUCUCAAGGAAGAGCAGGGGCUGGUCAUGGACAUUGACAUUCAGAUCACCAGGCCUCGGAUAGCCACCACUUUCAUUCAAUAA